AUGAUACCCAAACACUGCGAGGUCUGCAGACAGCCUCAUGCGCUGCUCUGGCUGCAGCGUCUACUACUACUGCACGCGCGACUAUCAGACCCUCGACUGGCCAACCCACAAACCCACCUGCAAGCAAAUCAGCGCCAAGCCCAAGGGGGUCCAAACCGAGGAGACAAGAUUCGUGCUCGCAGGGGGCUGCUCCCAUUGGACGACCCCAACGUCAAUGGUGUCUUCUGGCGCCAUGUCCACCUCCGUCCCUAUCUCCAGGCGAAGUUCCUCUAUGGCGAAUUCCUGGUCCGCUCAUGGCGCCGCCAGGGAGUCGAGGACUCGCUGAAGCAGUAUCUCGACAUUCUCCACCGCAAUCGCCCCGAUAACCAGGGCGCUCGAGGCUCGGUUCCGGGCUUGUUCAUCCGUUUCGACCAGGACCAAGAAGCUUACGAUCUCAUCUACUGGCGGGCGCAGGACGGCCCAAAAGGGCUUUGGCUGGGCCGACCUCUCCCAGCCCUUUCUGGACGACAAGAAUGUCGACGCCACCGGGCCUGUCGUCUUGUGGUGCCCCUGCUUUCUCCAGCUCACGCCCGUCGUGACCCUCUACCUAAUCAAGUUUCAACUGCUCCAAAACCUCAAAGGGAUCAUGCGCUUACGGGAGACCACACCCCCCGGCAGUCCUACCCCGACAGUCCUACCCCGACAAGAGACGAGAUACUGUCCGUCCUCAAGGGCAAGUACCAGUGCGCAGGCAACGUGGUGGACAACCAACCCGUUGUCGACUUUUACAACAAUGAGAGCCUUUUGGUCGAAAAGAUGAACCAUCUACUCCAGCAGAUGACGCAGCUCUACUACUCUGCAGACAAGGACAACAAACACAUAUGGGGGCUGAUAACAGAUCCCACCGAGGAGGCCUUUUCAGCUCGCCCGGUAACCUACAACCCCGGAUCUUGGAACGAGGCCCAGAUAGCCUUUGCGCAUUUGUACCCUGCCUGGGCCGAGAGCGUCGCUGCCGUGCCCGCCUUGACAUAG